CACGAAACUCCACCUGUAAGAGAUGAAGGUUGCUUUGGCAUUGUUGGUCGCGUCGACAGCGGCGCUGGACCGCAAACUUUACGGCGUGGACUAUGACAUCCGCACCAGCGAAUGGGGUGGAUGCAAACAAGAAUGGGAGCUGCGUGCCGACUUCCAAGCGAUGAAGACCGUGGCGCGCAAUGUGCGUGUGUACGGGACACAAGAGCCCUGCAUCAGCCGCGUGCUCAAGGUCGCCGCCGAGAACAACGUCCGUCUCUGGCUCGGACUCUGGGGCAACAUCUACGCCAACCAGGAUGCGUUCGACUCUCAGUUGAUCACGUUCAAGCGAUUGGUGGCCGAGGGGCGCAUCCGCAACGACAACGUCGUGGGCAUGCACGUGUCUAGCGAAGCCAUGUUCCGAUAUUACAUCCAAGACAAGCACGACUGGAGCGACCGCGAAGGCACGUUCAAGCUGACUUCGUACGUGGCCAAGGUGCGCACGUUCCUUCGCCAGCAUGGACUCAACUUCCCCGUGUCCAUUGCCGACGUUAUGGACGCCUACAAGUACACGCCGGGGCUGUACCCUGCUGUGGACGUCGUAGCUGCCAACCAGUUUUCCCAGUGGGAGAAUGUCUGGGCCAAGGAUGGCGUCAACACAAUGUUUGACCGGCUCAAGAACAUCCAAGCGUCGAGUCGCGCGGCGGGGAAGCAGAUUCUGAUCGCUGAGACGGGGUGGAGUUCGAACGGAUCGUUUCCGUCGAUCAAGGAGGCCACGCCCGAGUCGUCGGGGGUGUACUUGAAGGACUUUUUGCUGUUUGCGGAGCAGCAAAACCUCAACUUUUACUACUUUUCGUCGUUCAAUUUGAAGUGGGGCGACGAUUCUGCGUUCGGGUUGAUUGAAAAGAACUGGGGUCUGUUUGACCAGAAUCGCAAUAUUUUGCCACAUGUGCGCAGCGUGGUGGUCGGCAAGCCCCAGAAAGCCGUGCGGCUGUGGCACAAUGGCCUUGUGAUCAAGGUGGAUGGCGCCAACACCCGCACCGAAGGCCGCGUGUACUUGGACCUCCCCACGACGGGCCUCACCGACUCUCUGGACCGGGAAGUGUGGUUCUAUGACGAAGACCACAAGACAUUCCGCAGCAAGAGCACCAAUCAGUGCCUCGACACGUUUGUAGAUGACGCCGGCGUAAGCCAGCUGCACGUGUACUGGUGCGACGUGACCAACGCAAACCAGCACUGGGAUUUUCAUGCGGACGGAUCGUACGAGAUUGUGUCGGUUCCCCAAGUCGAAGUUGCCGAAGUCGCCACCACGACCACCACUGUCGCCCCUACCGAAGCCCCCACCGAAGCCCCCACGGACCCCCCCACCGACCCCCCGACCGAUCCCCCGACCGCCGCUCCAGUCAACCCCCUCGCCAAGUACUACGCCGAGUGUGGGGACUGCCGCAACUGCCAGUUCUUCACGCCGUACUACUCGCUGUGCUAUGCCAACUGGGGCCCCCGUGACUGUGGCCUCAUGCCCAAGUCGACCCAUCGGUGGUGCGGCUCGUUGCCGGCGUUCGUCCCUGUGCCCCCGAAGGCCGCCCCCACCCGCCGCCCGACCACGUCCACCCACCGCCCGGCGACUCGUCCCCCGCAGCCGGCCCCGAGCACCGCCGCCCCUGGGGUAUUCCUUGGGCCCAAGGCGUCCGAAGUCCGUGUACCCGUGGGGGUAUUUGUGUCCCUGAGUGAAACCAGCCCUGGCAAGUGCAUCCGGUCCAACGACGGGUUGCUUCAAGUCGUGCCGUGUUCAUUUGACGACUCGACCAAGUUCAGCAUCCGCCCGUUUGAGACGGAAGAAGUGACCAUCAAGAUUGCGGGUACAGACUGGAAGAUCACGGAAUCGUUUGGCCGGGUCGUGGCUACCACACUUUCCAAAGUGGACUCGGUGCACCCCGACUCUCAAACGUGGUUUUACGAUCCCCUUGCCAAGACCAUCCGCAGCAAAACCAACAGCCAGGCGUGCUUGACGCUCGUGGAGGACAAGAUCCACGGCGCCGUUCAAGGACGACUGUGUGACGCGGACAACGAGUUCCAGCAGUGGUCGUAUAACGACUUGACCGGACAAAUCUACUAUAUGGAGAAGAUGGGCCUGUGUUUGGCCACCGACGGACCCAACCAGCCCCUGCACGUGCAGUUUUGUGAUAUCACUGUGCAAAACCAAAAGUGGGUGUUUGAGCUCGCGCAUCAUGGCAAGAAGAAGCAAGCCCCGCUUCCGUGCGAGUACAACAACCAACCCGCGCCUGCCACCCUGGCGCCUCCCGUGCAGGCCCCGGCGACCGCUGUUGCACCCACCACCACCACGACCGUGGCGCCGACGACGACGGCCGCCCCGGCUACCACCACCACGGCUGCACCUACCACCACCACGGCUGCACCUACCACGACUGCUGCACCGGCUACCACGACCGCUGCACCUACCAAGACCCGCACCCGCCCCCCGCCCGCCCGCUCCCUUCCCCGUGUGACAAGAAUGAAAUGGAUGCUAACACGACAGUUGCACCUACCACCACGCAACGGGAGACCAUUGUGACCAUCACCAAACGGGUGGUUAUUUCCCACAACAAACCCACGACCGAGGCCCCAACUACUACUACUACCACCACUGCUGCACCUACUACGACUACAACGACUGUUGCACCUACUACGACCAGUACCACUGCUGCACCUACCACAACUACUACUACUCAAGCCCCCACGACCACCACCACGACUACUACUACCCCUACCACUGCUGCACCUACUACCACCACCCCCUCAACCACAGACGAAUCGAUUGACUUGGCCAAAUGCGUCAAGUACAAGGUCGUGGUCGGUGACUCGUCGUGGGCUAUCUUAAACAAAGCGUGCGAGGGGUACUCUGGUGCGUGCAAGAAGGACGCGUUCCCCACGAUUUUCAACACGCAAAACAAACGGUGCUCCAGCCUGCUCACAGUCGGGGAAGAGGUCAGCGUGUGCUGCGGCGACGUUUCUGCUGCACCCACCACCACCACCGCUGCACCUACCACCACCGCCACUGCCCCCACGACCACCGCUGCACCUACCACUGCUGCAACAACUACGACCGCCGCCCCUGCCCCUGUGACCCCCUUGGUGCCCGACCACCAAGAAGCCGAAGCCAAGGACGGGAUCCCCAACGAACCGGUCGCGUACAUCAACUACUUCAUCCACCAGCACGCAUGUGUGGGCUUUGGGGCGACGUGGUGCGAAGCGUGCGAGUGGACCAAAGAGACGGUGGCCGACGUGGGCGGCAAGCUCACGUUUUUGGAACUCGACACGAAAGUGGCGGGCGAAGGACCUGCGGGGGACGCCAUCUCGGCGGCGCUGACGUCGAUCACCGGAUCCAACUCGUACCCGAGCAUCUGGAUUGGAGGCAAGUACAUUGGCAGCUCCGACAAGAUUGCUGACUUGGACGCUGCGGGCAAGCUCACCGACCUGCUCCAAGCAGCCGGCUGCUUGUAAGCAGCACUACUUGUCACCAUCGUACCAUACAUCACUCACUAGCUUGAUUCGUCGUUUCAUGUUGAAUAUACCACAUACACACGCCACAACUCGAGAGUGAAUACUGCUUUGUCCUGGGACGUUUCAUUCAUAUUAUAAGUUAGUAACGUGGGG